UGAACUGUAGCAUGCCUCAGCAUUUUGAAGGUCUUGUUGAAUCUGUGGCAAGUUGCUACUUCUACUGCAGAUGGCGGUAUUUCACACUUUCAUUGCACUCCCUUUUUCCAAGACAUUUCCUCCCAAAAAUAACGGAUACUGAGAAGUUCUGGAAGUCCACAAGUUUGAGUUAGCUGACAUUUAACUUCCCCCCCGCCUUCUGACUCAGUCCCUCCAACCGAUGGGAUGAGAGAACGUUCGCCGUAGGGAAAAUCAUUUUCUAUCGAAACUGCUUAUUUUUGAAUUUAUCACUGACAUGUGCUACAAAUGUUAUCAAGAAGUUUGGCGUUUUUAACGACUUUCCAGGUUAAAUAUCUGUUGAAAAGUCAGAAAACCCCAGAGCAUUCAUUCAGAGCAGGAACUGACCCAGGAACAUUUCUGAAGAUGAGCCAAGGAUUUAUGUUAUUGUAUUUGGCAGUAAUAUGGGGAGCGAGGAGACCACUCGGAUGUGUUUAACACUGGGCUUCAUCUGUGUUUAUAAUACUCAUCGAAUUUACUGUCUUUGUCAGCUUGAAGGUUGUUCAUCUCCUGUCUAAUCCAGAACAUCUUUCAUCAUGGGUGACUGGAGCGCGCUGGGGAAACUUCUUGACAAGGUCCAGGCAUACUCUACGGCAGGAGGCAAAGUCUGGCUCUCCAUCCUCUUCAUCUUCAGGAUCCUGGUCUUGGGGACGGCAGUGGAGUCCGCCUGGGGAGAUGAGCAGUCGGCGUUCAAGUGCAACACGCUGCAGCCCGGCUGCGAGAAUGUGUGCUAUGACAAGUCGUUCCCCAUCUCCCAUGUGCGCUUCUGGGUGCUUCAGAUCAUAUUUGUGUCCAUGCCAACCCUCUUGUUCCUCAGCCACAUCAUGUUCCUCAUGCACAAGGAAGAGAAAUUGAAUAAAAAGGAGGCGAUAUUACGAGACAUCCAGAGCAAAGGAGGAGAUGUGGAUGCACUCUUGAGAAAAAUUGAAAUGAGGAAGUUCAAGUACGGCCUGGAAGAUCACGGGAAGAUCAAAAUGAGAGGAGGGAUAUUUUACACAUAUAUAGUGAGCAUCGUCUUGAAGUCCAUAUUUGAAAUUGUUUUCCUGUUGAUUCAGUGGUACCUUUAUGGAUUCACGCUGUCGGCCGUUUAUACAUGCCAAAAGUUCCCCUGUCCACAUAAAGUGGACUGCUUUUUGUCUCGUCCCACCGAGAAGACGGUUUUUAUCAUCUUUAUGUUGGUCGUUUCGCUGGUCUCUCUGGCCCUCAACGUCUUUGAGUUUUUUUACGUGAUUUUCAAGAGGAUGAAGGAUCGAUUCAAAGAGUCAGAGAAAAACUUUGAUAGGGCCUGCAAUAUCAAGCCUUGCCCAAGGAACUUGUCCAGUUACGAGUAUUACAAUGACUGCUUGGCACCCAUUCCUAAUUUGGGUUACAACCUAAAUACGGGCGACAAGUCCAACUCCUCUGACAAUUACGACAAGCAAGCUAAUGAGCAAAACUGGACUAAUUACAGUACAGAACAGAACCAGCUGGGUCACACCCAGCGCUUUCCAUAUUCAGAGAAAGUGGCUCUGGGGAAGGAUCUUCUGCUGCUCAAAGAGCUUGAACCUCGACCCAGUAGUCGAACAAGCAGUCGGGCCCGGCCGGAUGAUCUUGACAUCUAGCAGAAGCCUUAAACACAGACCCCAUGGACAAUUCCUAUCUUUCACAAGUGGUGAAUAUUAAAAAAAAAACUGUGAAAAAGGACACUGGUCACUGACAUCCAAAGAAUAUUAUUUCAGCAUUUAUAUUUAUUUUAUUUGUUUUUGCUAUUGUAACUCAUGCCAAACAGUUUUUGUUAAGUGAACUGCAUUUAUGAGCUAUAAUUGUGAAAAUGUAAAUAAUUUCACAGGUUUGCUCUAAAAUAAAUGUUUAAUACAGUAUAUGGGUAGUUUAUGCAUAUGUAUCCAUUAACUUU